AUGGCCCGCCUCUUAUUCCAACAGCCAUUCUUUUCUGCUCUAGACUCAAGCCUCGACAAAGAUACUUUUUGCGUUUAUCUGAUACCCAAAAUUUUCUAUUCUUCUUUCAACCUUUCAACUCUGCAUCUGUCAAAAACAAACAUUUCUCCAACGCCGCCGCAGCACAGCCUCUUGCUCUGCUACUUCUACACAACUCCAUACCUACCUCGACAGGCUUCACAUACACACGCAACACGCAACAUGUCUUCCAUCAGCCAGAACACGUUCCUCACACUCUCUCCCGAGAUCCGGCCCGCGCCCGCCCAGCCCGCCGCCGCUCGCUCCCCCACGCAGCAGAGAUUCCUCUCCCUCGCGCCGGACGUGUCGGCCUCGCACCCGCGCGCCCAGCGCGCCCGCGCCGACAGCGACGCCGCCUCCUCCCUGUCCGGCGGCGGCGGCAGCCCGACGCUCUCUGCCGUCGACGCGGCCGUGCCCGUCUCCAACACGCGCGUGCUCAAGCUCAGCCCCGUGCACUGGGGCGCGCACGAGGAGGUGCACCAGGCCGACUACCACGACCUUCCCCAGUCUGCCUAG